UACGUUUAGAGUGUUCCAACUGACUUGGUGUCCAUUGGUCAUGUUCCUGUACCUACAAAGGCUGUACAUUCAAGGUAGUAUAUUUUGUACCUUACAGUACACUCCCAGACGUAAAAAUUCGAGCGCAAUGUUUCAAGUAGACAAAUUGCAGCAUGCAGUACUACAUACGGUGACAGUGACAGAGCUGAAAACAUCGCCAUCUUCACGUGCAUCGUGGUAGGGUAGUGGACUCUACAUCUACACUAGGUACACCC